CAUUACAUUUAUUUAUAAUUCAUAUUAAAAUACCAGUCAAUGCCGUUGUGUCCGAGUCGACCCGUUCGCGCAGUUUAUAAUAGAUCAUAAGUCGUAAGCACAACAUAACAUUUUUAUUGAUGAAAAAUGAGUGAAACGCCUCUAUGUAUAGAUAGAGUAGCGAGGUAACGAGUGUACUGUAGCGAGCGACAUGUUUGUUUUCAUACCGGUCCGAAUUAACGUCGCGAUUGGUUCAAAAUCCAUAACUGGCCUCCGAGAGCCAGGUGUCGUUCACACCGCGGCCUCGCGCCUCGUCUCGUUAAUCACUCGUGUACGCUAUUGUUAAAGCGCGGCGAACAGCCAUCUUUGUCAAAUUACGGCGAUUCAAUUUUAAUAAUUUAAUUUGUUUAGUGAUAAAAUAAAUAAUCAAAUGGAACAAAACGUUGUGUUACCGACGCGUAGUGUUGUAGAAUCGAGUGUAUCGCUACAUUCUCUUUUGUUUCACUAGUAGCUGACGCUUAGUUGAAUGGAAGCGAUACGACUACGGCGUUAACAACCAGUCGACCAUUAAAAAUGAUGGAUGAUGUCGUCUUUUGCAAAAACAGUGCUAAGUGAUGGUUUUAGUGAAUAAUGUGAAGGGUGAUGCUAGUGUUUAUGUUUGAGCGUACAUGCGAUGAAAACUGCGUCGUAAUUUGUUAUACACAUUGCAUAAAUGAGUGAAAUGGCGAUGCGGAGCGCGCGGGCCCGAGCAUGCGCGCCAGUUUCCUCGCAAUCGCUAGGAACGCACUAAGUGAUCUUCGUUUACGUGCACAUCAAAAUGGGAAGGUCGAGAUUCCCAGGCAAACCACUCAAAUUCCAAAACAGAAAACGUAUUAGUGUUCUAUCGGGGGCUGUUUACCAUGAGACUGCUCCAGAGAAUCACCCGCCAGCGCGCGGCUCUACGGCUAAUGAUUUUACUGGGGACCAAGAGGAGGAAGAAAAGAAAGAAAAUAAUAAUGAAAAGGAGACAGACGAUGCUGGCCAAAAUAAAGUGACUGAAACAACAACAAAUAGUAAAACUGAAAUACUAGACAAAAUCAACAGCGAUUUGUCUAAGUCACCAGUGAGAACUAGGUCACAGAACAAAAUGGAGCCUGUCAAAAAUGAUAAACCCAAACCUGUCAAGAAAACAGUCACUUUUGGUACAGUGGAAAGUUGUGAGGAUAUAUUCUUUCCUCUCAAGAAGAUCCCACUCAAACAUCAUGCUCCUCUUGUUCCAAUCAUAAAGAAGAAGUCUUCUUUAAAAUCCACAGAGUACUCUACUUUCAACAGUAUCUUGAAGCCGGCUAAAUUAACAGAUUUAAGUUCUAAAUCAAGUUCAGAACAUCAAGAAGGCUAUUUAAGGAAAAAUCUAAACCCCUUGUCAAAGCCUAUGAACAAAUUCUCACAGUUUAGUGAUAGCAGGUGUAUGUCACCUCCUCCAAGAAAUUCGUCACCUGUUGAGAAGGAGAGUGGGAGCUCUACAAAGUUUGUUUUGCCUGUACGGAGUGCACAUUCAUCUAGGGUGAUCAAACCUAACAAAAGAUUUAUUGAUGGGGAAGAGCAAACAACAACAAGUAGUAUAUCAUCAAGUAAAGUGCUUAAGAAACCUAAAUUAAAGCGACUAGUGUUUAACAAUUUACAUAAUGAUGAUGACACUACUGAUGAGGUAGAAGUAGACAAAACAAAUCAAACCGAAAAGGUUAGAGAUUCACAACAACAAUCCUUGAAGUCCUCUAAUCUUUUCAAAGACAAAACAUCGAAUUCAUUUUCAAGUCUCAGUGUUGGCACCAGAAAGCUACAUGAUCUGUUUUCAUAUGAAAAAGAAGCAUUGCAGGAUGAAAACUCCAAUGUAGAGACUCUUGAAAAAGUAAAAUCCCCAGAGCCUCUCAAAGAGGACAGAUCAGGGCAUGCUAUGAGAAAACUGAUGGAUAUAUCAGAUGCAAGCAGCUCAAGUAGUACAAGCAGUGGCUCUGAGUCUGAGGAUAGCUGGGAUAGUGCUAGUCCUGGUGGCAGUGGGGAUGAAGAAGAAAAACCACCACCAGCUAGCCCAGAAAAGGACAAAUCCUCUGCAUCGCAGCUACUCAGAGGCAAAAUCAUUCUCAGAGAAGCUAGAUUGCAAUUGAAUCCACCGACACAAUCAACUUCUGCUUUAGAUGGUCCUUUCUCUACAGUAACAUCAGCAUCUUCUCCUAACCCACCAACAACAGUGACCUGUGGAGUUUGCGGUGCAGUUAGAUUUUACAGAUUUGUGAAACAAGCACGAAAAUUCGGAAUAUAUUCGUGCGAGUCGUGUCGCAAAUUCAUUUCUAAGAUGUUGAAGAAGGAAAAGCUGUCUCAAAAGUCAGGGUCACUGGUGAUGCAGUGUUUGAAAGGCGAAGGAAAUUGUCAUGUCCCCCCAAUAGUCCGCUCACAGCAGUGGAAGCUACUACGGUGCACAAACAAGGCUCGAUGUCCAGCAUGCUGGCUGAAGAUGUGCCUAAAGGCAUUCCAGGUACCACCUAGCAUAAGAGCUGGCCUCACAGCAAUGUUGCCUCCUUUCAUGAGGUCAGCUGUUAAAACGCCUGGUUCUUUGACACAGGCAAACCCACUGAGGAUUGCAAGCAACACCACUACAAACCCUCCGGUGUUUGCAAUUACUAAUAAUGACACCGAGAAUAAUAAGAUCUUCGGAACUCUAAAGCCAAGUAAGAAGAUUGAAGAAAUUGAAAAAGUUGAGGAAAAAUCUCCUAAAGACCGUCCAGUUACAAAUGAGUCCACUGAAGACAUAAAUGCGACUAGAAAACGUCAACUGACGAGGAUAAAAGUUAGAAAAAAGGAUAAGAGUGAUACCAAACAAACUGAGGAUCCUAAGAGACAGAAGGUGGAACUCAAAGGGCCUAGAGUUAAACAUGUAUGUAGAAGUGCAUCUAUUGUCUUAGGACAACCCAUAGCUACAUUCCCUACACAAGAUGAGAAAGAUAAAGUUGAGAAAAGCCUUCCUGAGGACGAGAGUGUCCCAUGUGUUAUUGAGAAGGAUAGAGAAACUCCUGAUCUGUCAAGCUGUGAAUCUGAAAUGGAUUCUGAAAACAAAGCGCCUCUAGCAAUACCAGAAGCGGUUGCAGCAAAGGAGAGCGACAUAGAGGCUCACAUUGAAACCAAAAAGCGAAAGAUAGAGCAACCACUUGUCGUCAAAUCUCAGAGCAAGGCAGAAUCAAGUGAAGAUGAAACUAUAAUGGACCUUGUACCUAAAAAGACCGUGAUGAAACCACUCUCUAAUAUUACCAAUGUUCGCAGUCGAUCACAAAAGUGUGGGCAGAAUAGACCAGAACUAAUAUGUGUUGAUUUCUGGGAGAGUUAUGACCCAGAUGAGGUUUGCAGCUCAGGAUUCGGACUUAUUGGAACUGGAUCAUUCACUAUCGCCAGACUAUGUUUUCUAUGCGGUAGUGCUGGGAAAGAUAAGAUGUUAGUGUGCUCGUCGUGCUGCGAGUGGUACCACAGCUGGUGCGCGGAGGAGGCGGCGGGCGGCGGCGGCUGGACGUGCGCGCGCUGCGUGUCGUGCGCCGCGUGCCGCCGCCCCGCCGCGCGCCUGCGCUGCCGCGCCUGCGCGCGCCAUCACCACGCCGCCUGCCUGCCCGCGCCGCCGCCCGACCACCGCAGCGACUGGCCGCAGAUAUGCAGCGCAUGCCUGAAGUGCAAGAGUUGUGACAGCAGCCGUGUGAGCAAGUUUGUAGGCAGCCUACCCUUCUGUGGGCCCUGCUUCAAGCUGCGUCAAAAGGGCAACUAUUGCCCGCUCUGCCAAGCAUGCUACCGAGAUAACGACUUCGACAGCAAGAUGAUGGAAUGUGGAUGGUGCGGGAGAUGGGUACAUGCGAGCUGUGAAGGCCUCACAGGCGAAGGGUAUCAACUUCUGUCGGCAUUACCACCUUCAAUCGAAUACAUCUGCUGCAAGUGCAUGCCACAUGAUCCUCCAUGGAGAAAAAUGCUAACUGAACAUCUGAAAGGAAGGCUACUCCACUUGUUGAAACUACUGGCUAAGAAUAAGAAAGCUUGUGCCCUCUUAAAGUUAACGCCGCACAAAAAUACGCCGGUACCGAAUAAACCGUACCGGCUAAUGUCGCCACAAGCUAUCAGGAAACUACACUUCGACGUUGUAGACGUUUCCUUAAAGACGUCAGAAACUAAAGUGUACAGAAACACUUCAAGAGGUAGGCGGAAUAACAAUUUCCCGCAAAAUAAAUUUAAUGACCCAAAUGCGCCACAAGUUUGGCAGUGUUCCUCAUUACUACAAGACGUCAAUAUGGAGAAAGAAGAAAUGCCUCACACAUCCCAUAAAGUUGUUAAUCUACAGGAACCAUUAAUGCAGAACAAAGAGAUAUGCUUUUCAACAGGCCUCUAUGGUACUAAAACGGAGUUUGAAGCUUCUUGUGUUGAGGUACACGAAAAUUACCCACCUCAGGCAAAAACAGAAAAAGCAACGACUAUGUUGCCUACUACUGUACAUGACGACAAAUAUGAGGCAAUCUCUGAUGAUGACGAACCAAUGAAAAGUUAUCGUCAAGCUCGUAGCGAGCAAGAUCUUAGUCCAGUCGUGUUACGGCAAUCGACAGACUUGGACAAUAUCGGUGAUGACCUAGACCGAGUGAUUUCGCCAUCUCUCUUAGACAUCAAGAAAAGAGUUAAUAGCGAUGGUUAUGUAUCUCUCAAAGAUUUUAACCACGACAUGAAGGAGGUCAUUCAAAGGACAACUAGUGAUGACCUAACAUCGAUAUAUAAGGAUUUAUUCUCUGAAACCUUUCCCUGGUUUGACUGCGAAAGUAACUGCUUACAACCUAAUCUGGAGGUUGAAGGUGAACAAGAAGAUACCGAAUCUAUGAAAGACGUUGAUAUAGCCGACAACAAAAUCAAGGCCGCUGUGCAAUCUAUUGAAAAGCCGAUGGAUCAAAUAGUACCCAAGCUGGAAAGUGAUUGCAACAAAUUAGAAGAAGAUUUACUAGAGUUCUACCCAGUUGUAGAUUCCAGACUUUGUGUACUUUGCAAAGCUGUUGGAGAUGGUUCCCCUGCAAUGGAAGGCCGAUUGCUUUACUGCGGCCAAAAUGAUUGGAUUCAUUCAAACUGUGCACUGUGGUCAGCUGAGGUGUUUGAAGAAAUCGAUGGAUCUCUGCAAAAUGUCCACUCUGCAAUAUCUAGAGGGAAGAUGAUCAAAUGUGCUGCAUGCGAAGUUAAAGGCGCCAGUGUUGGGUGCUGUGCUAAAAAUUGCAGCGAAACCUACCAUUAUGCUUGCGCAAGGAAAGAGAGCUGUGCUUUCAUGGAUGAUAAAAGAGUAUUUUGUCCAACUCAUGGCAAAGAUGUGCCUAAAAAGAGUCUGCAAAAAGAUGCCGACUUUGAACUAACAAGACCUGUGUAUGUUGAACUUGACAAGAAAAAGAAGCGAUACAGUGAAAUUACAAAAGUGCAAUUUAUAUUAGGUUCUCUAACAGUUCACAGUUUAGGAAAAAUUGUGCCGUCGGUUUCUGACUACGAAGAGUUUUUGAUGCCAGUCGACUUUUCAUGUACUCGCCUAUUUUGGUCUUGCAAGAAACCCACAAAAAUUGUUAGGUAUACUAUCAAAACCAAGCUCAUUCUAGCUGAGCCAUUACCAGGAUUUGAUUUUGGGGUUAACAUAACAGUAGAUCAUACUUUAGAUGUGCAAGUUGUUGAACGUGUCAUGGCCGAGAUUGGAGCAUGGCAUGAGAGUAUCGAGACAGGUUCCGGAAAGACUGUCAUGCUGUUAAAAAACGAUAAGUCACCCAUCAAAUUCGGCAAUACGGUGACUUUGGAGGAUCUCGCUGUGAAACAGGUUGUGGAACACUUGCUUGACAAUGUGUGCAAACAAGAACAGCAAGACGAAGAAGAACCGCAAAACACAGCAGAUCUGUUGCCACCUGAAGUCAAAGAUGCCAUUUUUGAAGAUUUAAAUCACGAUCUUUUAGAUGGCAUAUCCAUGCAAGACAUAUUUCAAGAUCUCAAAAAUGAAUUCUAUUGUGCAAUGGGUCAGUCAGAUGAUAAAAGUAAUGAUAAGUCUGAUUUUCGAUCUACAGACUUUAUUGAUGAACUGUUGAACUCAAGGUUUGAAACUGGAAGCAAGGAGCUGAAGAGAAGCAAAUCAGAAAUGCUGUUGCAAAGCCAUAAUCUUAAAACUUUGACUACCGGCCGCGGGCAGCAAAGAUCAAGCAGCUGGAAUAAUAAGUUUGACACCAGCUUACUAUCAUCUACAAUAAAAAGGUGUAAAAUGGGAAAAACAUCUACAGUGACGGGUAAAUUAAGUCCAGUGCAAAGAGUUCCAUUAACAGAGAAUCCAUUAGAAACAAUAAAAGAGAUUGAGAAGAAAGUAAAAGUGGAAACUUGCACUAGUGGUGCUAUUUGUGAUGAAGCACCCCAUUCCUCAGGAAUCAAUUAUCGCACUACCUCGCCGAAACAAAAAGAGGAGUCUAACAAUACAAAAACAGAUAAGAAUGAAGGUUAUUACACUGAUGUCAUAGACUUCUACACUAAAAUUCAGUGCAGUCCUAUAUCGCAGCUAGACGGCACAGCGGACUGGUCUGGCUCUGAAAGCACGUGUAGUUCUCGACCAGGGAGUCCUCGAGACCAGGAUAACGACUUUACACCAAUACAACAGCUGGACGGUGCCGAAGAUAAUCAUCCAGCAAAUGAUAACAUGCAAAGAACCCAAACCAAUCAGUUUAUGUAUAGAGCUACCGGGACUGAGAGUUACACUGUCACAUUUGCCGGUAACUCAUUAGGCCAGCCAGAACUCGUCAUGAGGUCUCUAGAUGAUGGUUCAGGUUCUUCAAACCAGAUGGAGCAACCCGUUAGAUGUGAUAGGUGCCAGUGUACUUACAGAAACAAAGAGUCAUACGACAGACACGUUCCCUCGUGCGAUAUGAUGUCGACUAGUGAGAGUGAGAGCGAGAACCCUAAAUCUCCAGAAAAUAGGACAUUGACGACUCUACAAAAUGCGUUCCAAGGCGCGUUUGCUCAACCUAUGAUCAUUCACGCCGGUGUCGUGAGCGGCACGGAAAACACCGUCAAAGCUGAGGGAAUUGCGGCCAGGAGGACGUCCAUCAAUACCAGGCAAAUUACUAUUAACGGUACUAUUGUCGAAACACCAUCUCCAGGCCCGUCAAAUGAAAUGACUAUGACUAUUACGGAACAGAUGAAGUCUGGAACAGUUAUUUUCGAUCAAAGUAAAACUACCAAUGUGCAAGUGUCGGCUAACCAACAAAUGCUAUCAUCACCACAAAUAGUUGUGACGCCACAGAUGUUACUUCCUCCUAAAACUAGUUCUGCCAACGGUCAGAAGAUAAUGGCGCCGCAGAUCAUAACACAGCCUAACAUUUUACCUUAUAACAUCUGCGUUAAACCCGGCAAUGGCAACAAUAUACAACAACUUCAAGGCAAUGAUAUGACGCAGUUGCUGUCCGGAUCUGGAGGCAUUCAAGUGAUAUCGUCAAAUUCUAAUCAAGUUUUGACUAUACCACAAAACCAACAGGGUAACGGUGGACAAAUGAUACAAGGCAAAAACCAAUUCACCAAUUUCCCCAAUAUGGCUAGCGCUUCAUCUAUAGCACUGCCAGUUAAUUCGAUACAGGGAAUGCCGAGUACCUCUAUCAUCCAGAAUAUUCAGCCGAUGAUUCGGCCUCAAAUCCAGGGAAACCCUACUAUAGUCGUCCCAGCAAUGACAGCACAGCGACUUUCAUCGCCAAAUACUCAGAAUAAACAACAGUUAAUACUACCAGGAAAUUCGCAAAAAUCGCCUAAGAAGCAGCCUGCGCCGGUGCAACCUAAGCCGAUAUUCCAAGCUACAAACCGAGGAAGAGGUCGACCGAUGCCUAAACCGACCACUAUAAAAAGACAAACCAAAAUGGAGAAGACAUAUACUAUCAACCAGUCCCCACUUGGACCGGGUAAUACUGUGAUACAAUUACAAACUAAUAACCAAACCGGACAACCAUCAAUUAUUGUGCAACCGGUAGCCAAUCAAAAUAUAAUGUCUGCCUAUGUGGAAGCAUUGUCGCAACAACAAAACCAAAAUAUGCAGUACAUUGCGACUAUUGCUCCUCAAGGUGAUUUUAAAACCGGCCCUACGCAAUUUAUAUCACAAAGUGGUCUAGUGCCUCAGACAUUCCAAAUUCAACAAACGGAAAAUGGAGGAUUGGUUGCUGUACCUAGUGGCGGUAUACCUGUAUUAUUACCGCAAGGCAACGUGGGAAUACUGCCACAAGCUAUCCAACAGGGAGCCACAAUUCUACCCCAAGGCGCAAUACAAACGCAAGGAAUUAUUUCCCAGGGUCCAAAUGGACCUACGAUACUACCCCAAGCAAUACAUACACAAAAUGGGACCACAAUUAUUCCUCAAGGGAUUCAAGGAUUAACAUCUGGAAACAUAACAUCACAAGCUACUCUUCUACCUAACAACACGCUGCAAACUGGAGGAGCCACAGUGGUACCGCAAAGUGGUAUUGGUAACGGUCAAACAACCAUAAUACCAAAUACGUUGCAAACACAAGGCAACACCCUGAUCUCAUCUGGACCCGGCGGUACUACUAUCUUACCGCAAGGAACUCUAUUACCGCAAUUUUGCAAUGAUCAAGUUCUACUGGGGUCGACUCCAACGUUAGAAAUGGUCACAGAUCCUUCCGGAUGUAUGUAUUUAACAACAACACAGCCUGUUUAUUACGGCUUGGAGACAAUCGUCCAAAAUACAGUCAUGUCGUCGCAACAAUUCGUGUCGACUGCAAUGCAAGGAGUGCUGGCGCAGAACAGUAGCUUUUCGGCUACGACCACUCAAGUGUUCCAGGCGAGUAAGAUUGAGCCUAUUGUGGAGGUGCCAACUGGAUACGUCGUUGUCAAUAACGUUGGAGAUAAUGUUGCUGUGUCAUCGACACCUAAUGUGGUUACCGCGCAGACAGUGCAGUCAACGCCACAAUCUAUGAAGAAUAUUAAGACGUCUGUGCCUAAUCUGACAUUACAGCCAUUGCCUGAUAAAUCGUCGAAUAACAGCAACCGACAUACACCGAAAGUUAUUCAAAUGAGUCCUUCACCUCUAACUAUUGGCUCUCAAUCCGGGACCAUCAUUACUGGCAGACAAAUGAAUCCUAUAACGUCUCAGAUUCAUAGUAUGACUAUUUCGAGCACACCACAGAACAUGCAAAGAGCAAAUAUGCCGAAACCAAGCAUUGUUUCUAUGUCGCCGAAUGUUACACUAGUAUCGUCUAUUGGACAACCAGUGAUGGCUAUAUCUCAAUCAAUACCUAAUUCAGCCACGUCAUUCCCGAUGCAGUCGAUACCACUAUCGCAGCCAAUAGUGUCAAGCUCAAUUGCGCCAUCAGCCAACAAAAAUAAUUUCAAAAUUGAAAACUCUCAUGUGAUUGAAAUUAGCGGUAACUUACAAGAUAACUCGAGUUCUGCUAGCAUGCCGAUGAUAAGUGUCACACAAAGCAUAAAAUCGCCAACACCGUGGAGGCAAAUUAAUCAAGCCAAUAAUAAUAUGGAGAAUAAAUUGGAACUGCAAAAUAUGACAGUAAAACCAAGUACCGUGAAUACCUCUUCGAUGAACGUGCAAAGCAAUGUCAUGGCCGGAAGAACCCAUUUGAACAAUGAUCACGAUAAAAUAAACCAGAACUGCCUAAUACAGAUGCCUAAUAACUCGAUGUCUGGAGUGAAUAUGCAUUCUCAUCAAUUCGAGCAAAGUAUUAAUGUGAGCCACCACUCAACCUCGCACUCGACUUCCAAUAAUGUAAUUCAGAUAACGGCCGGGAAUAUAUAUCCACCUUCGUCCGUAAUGAACAGCAACUUUGAUGCGGAUACUUCUCUAAAAUUGAGCAAAAUUAAUGCUCUAUCAAAAACUGAGGGUGGACACUUAAAUUUCUCGCAAGAGAUUAUGGCUUCUCACUCACAACAACAUGCUAAUAAUGACAAGACUUUCCAAAACAUGGGAACAUCAGAAAACAAACAUAAUACGGAUAAUUUGUCCAAUCAAAUGAACGUACAUAAAAUGAAUAACUGCCAGAUGAGCGGCAAUAUGAGUAACUCACCAGCUAUUAGCAUUAUACCACACAAUGUUAUGCGACCGCAACUGCAAAACAAUCAGAAUACUAUUUCUGUACCAAAUACACAAAAUCAAAUGUGCUCUAUGCCCAACAACAAUAAUUCGCAUGGACAAGUUCAAAUAUUGAGUUCUGGAAACAAUUCUCUACAAAAUAUGAACAUGUCAUGUCAAGAAAAUCAGAACAACAGAAUGAAUAUUUCUGUGUCCAGCGACAACAACAUGCAGUCGAGCCAGCAACAUGAUCUGUCCAGUUCAAUGAAUUCGUCAAAUAUGUCUCACAGCAGCAACAUACAAAUGAUGUCUCAUGAUAAUAACCAAAUUCCAACACCCAAUCAGAUACAUAUUAUGAAUGGACAAAUUCAGCAUAAUCGUCAAGUCGAAAACAACCAAUUACAGUUGAACCAAUCCUCAUCUAGUAGAACAUUCCACGAAAAUUUAAUGAAUUCUCAGCAGAAUCACAAUCAAGGAAACAUGCUUUCUAACCGAAGCACGCCUGACAGCAAUAACAUGAUGAAUCAAUCUAUGAGCAUGCAUAAUUUAGCAUCUAAUAACCACAAUAUUAACAGAUCCGACUUGGGAGAGCUAAACCACAUGCAUAUGCAACAGCCUAUGUCUAACAUGAAUAUGCAAAAUAAUAGGAUGAUGAUCGAAAACAUGCAAACUCAUGGGAUGAGUAACAUGAGUCACACAAUGCAUUCGAAUAGAUCUAUCGAUAAUAUGCAUAAUACUCAACUGCAUAAUAUGCAACAGAUGAACCAUCACGUUAAUAAUAACACUCGAGGGCAGAUGGAAAACAAUAUGCAUGUUAACCAGCAGAUGACAUUGCAACAGAACAGGCAAAUGGAGAACGUUGGUCUGCAUCACCAACACCAAAUGUCCAACGUCAUGCAAAUUCAAAAUAAUAGAUCGCACGUCGACAAUAAUAUAAUGGGCAUGCACCAACAUGUGCCCAACCAAAUGCAUAAUAGGCAGCAGAUGGAUAACAGCAUGCACAUGCAUCAUAUGUCUGGAAGUUCACAAAAUAUCAAUCUGACCAAUCAAAUGGACAAUUCUAACUCUAUGUCAAAUAUUCAUGGCAAUAGAUACGAUAGCAACUCUAUGACUCUACAAAAUAUAAACGCCAUGAACCAAAUACAGAACAAUAGAAACUCAAUGGAACAUUCAUCAAUGAUGCAGCAUCAGAUGAAUUCCAUGAAUAACAUGAACAUGCACGGCAACCUUAAUAACACCAUGCAAAUAGUGAACACGAAUCAUCAAACCAUGAAUAGUUCGAUGAUGCACAUGCCAAACAUUCCUGACAUUAAGAAUGAUAUCCAAAGUUCAUGCAGCGGUAGCUGUGCCAACAACAGUUCGCAGUUUUCAAACAAUCAAAAUACAAUGGAGAUAUGCUCUAACAUGAAUAUGAACACGAAUACAAACAAUAUGAACAUGAGCACAGGAAAUAUGAUGCAUAACAUGAACGUUAAUAAUUCGAGUAUGUCUAACAAUAUGAUGAUGAACAAUGUCAACAAUAGUAACAUGUAUGGAUCUGGAAAUCAGAACAACAUGACGGGACACGACAUGCUGAUGAGUUGCUCCAACUCCACGGAACAUAAUGUUAACAACCUUAUGCCAGGAACUGCAAAUCACAUGAUGUUAAAUAAUUCUCAAACACACACCACAAACAAUCAAAACCAGAUGAUGAGCAGUCAAGUAUCUAAUAACACGCAAAUCAAUAUAAAUAGUUGCAGCAUGAGCACAAAUAACUCAUCACAAAGUCAAAGCAUUACAAACUUGGAAAAUCAAUUAAAUAGGAACUCUUUACCAGUUUCGGACCCACCUAAGUUUUCGCAAGAUGCGAUUCGAGGUAAAAAUCUAAUGGGCCCUCCUUCUAACACCAAUUUGCCGUUGUCGAGUAUAUCCAAUAAUAAAGAUUGUUCUAAAGUUAACAUGGUGACCAAUGAAAAGCAAAGCCAUACUAUAUCCGUCAAUAAUCAAAUCGGAUACAUGCAAAUGAAUUCCCAGAAUAAUAAUAGGGUUAUUAAUUUACCUGAAAGGAGCAGAAUGAAUAAUGCAAAUCUAGAUAGCAACAUUAACCAGCAUGUGCCACAGCAACAUAACAUAAGAGUGGUCACCAAUAACAGCAACAAUAAUGUGGCUGGCAUUACCACCGAUCCCUUAGCAUUCCAGCCAAAUAACGACAACACCGGCACCAUGAUAAAUGUUCCAUUCCAAGCAAUACCGAACAGUGCACCCAUGAAUAUUAACGUGAACUCCAGUAAUAACACUGUGAACAUCACGGUGCAGAACAAUCUCGUUGAUCCCAAAAUUCUUCCCGCUUCGAAAGCUGCGGCUGACAUAAACUUCCCCCUGCAAGCAAGCACUAAUUUACUUCAAAACCAAAGUAAUGCUAAUAAUUUGAUGUGCUUACCUGUACAGAAUAAUACCAUUAACUUACCGACUCAGACAAGUUCGAGCAUAACACUACCGAAAGCACCCCCAACUCAACAAUCAGGCAUUCCUACUAACGUGGUCAAUCCUAUGUCUAUGAGACCUAUGAAUAGAGUGCUACCAUUACAUAGAGAUGGCCAAAGCAAGUCGGCAACAAAGAACACGUCCAAAACUAUUGCAGUGCCGAAACAAAGGCCGGUUAGUCACGACAUGCCUGAUUUAAACAUGAAAGACGAGAGUAUUGACAGUGACCUAGAAAAGGCAAUUGAAGAGUCAAAACGGAUGAUGGAACUGGAAAAGGCGAAAAAAGAGAAGGAAGAGAGGGAAGCAGCUCAGGCCAUGCAGAUUUCAGCGGAAAUGCAGCAAGCGAAUACCAGCACAGCUGCAAGUAAUGUAGAGACCGUGAGGAUCAGUGAACCUGCUGAGACCACAUCUAAAAUGUCGUUGCCAAGCUUGGACGCGGAAAUGAUAGAAGUUGAACCCCCUAAAGUACUAACAGAAAAAGAUACUAACCGAGCUCCGGUAGCAGCGAAAAUUACAAAUGCCCCUGCGAAAGUUAUGAAGAGGCCGUUAUUGGAUAGAAAAACUGAAAUCGAGCCAGUUAUAACGAAGAAGCAGACUAAAAUAUCAAAAGAAAACAAACCAACUGCACCGAAACCUGCACCGGACCCGUCCAAAGAUGACGGACCGAAGUUGAUAUAUGAAGUAACUUCGGAAGACGGAUUCAACUACACAUCUUCGUCACUGACAGAUCUCUGGGCGAAAGUUGUAGAGGCUGUUCAAAAUGCUAGGAAACUAUCGGGUUUGCAACCGAUUCAAUAUAAUCUACCAGCAAGCUUAUCAGGAGCGCAUAUAUUGGGUCUAAACAACAACGCGCUAAGAUACCUUGUGGAACAGCUACCUGGGGCAAGCCGCUGCACAAAAUACAAGACACGUCAAGGUCGUCCGCUGAGCAGCUGGGACAACGACUUGGAUUUGAGCGAGGGAUUUAAGGAGAGUCCUUGGGGCAGCGCUCGCACUGGCCCAGUAUCGCGGAAACAGAACCACGACAUGUUCAGCUGGAUGGCGUCGCCGUUUAGAGAGGAGCCGCCGCCUUUUGGAGGCCAGGAAGGAGAAAGCUCUAUUUCUAGGCGCUUAGCAACGCUGCCACCAGCGAUGAGAUUCAGACAAUUAAAAGAGACAUCUAAGGCGUCUGUGGGUGUAUACAGAUCCCACAUUCAUGGACGAGGAUUAUUCUGCAAACGAGACAUUGAAGAAGGUGACAUGGUAAUAGAGUACGCGGGCGAGGUGAUCCGCGCAGUGCUGGCGGACCAGCGCGAGAAGCGCUACGAGGCGAUGUCGGGGCGGCGCGGCGUCGGCGGCUGCUACAUGUUCCGCAUCGACGACAACCUCGUGGUCGACGCCACGCUCAAGGGCAACGCCGCCAGGUUCAUCAACCAUUCCUGUGACCCGAACUGUUACUCCCGCGUUGUGGACAUUCACGGUCACAAACACAUCCUGAUCUUCGCCCUGCGCCGCAUCACCGUCGGGGAAGAGCUCACGUACGACUACAAGUUCCCCUUCGAAGAGGUGAAGAUCCCAUGCACGUGCGGUGCCAAGAAGUGCCGCAAGUACCUAAACUAAUGAACAACUGUAUCGUGUGAGUGAUUUGAGUGUCAAUUAUGUUUGUGUUGUCAAAGAACAUCUUUGAUAGGUUAUAUGCUGUAAAACUGAACAAAAUACGCCGCAAUGAGAAUAUAAUAUAAAUAAGUGAAUUAUAUUCUUGUGGUGUGUUUUAUCAGUUAGUUUACAAGCCUUACUGGCUUUUACCGAAUAGCAUAAUUCUAGAAGUACACACCUUACUGAAUUAGACGUAAACCUUUCUUUAGUUAUAACGUGAGUUGUGAGAGACAUUUAAUUCGGACAGACAAUGAUAACGACGCUAUAACAAACGAUGGAUCUCGUAAGAGUUCUAGAUUAUGCCUAUUUAGAUCGUAGCUACGGAAACGGUUGUUUAUUACAAAAAUAAAGAUAUGAAAAUCCUGGGUCGAGCACAUUAUGGCUUGUACAUAAUAAUGUUUGUAAGACAA